AUGGAGCCCGGCGUGCGUCAGCUCGACCUCAGCAAGUGUGGCCCCGGCUUCGUGUCGGACAGAGUCGGCGUCGUGUCCGGCCUGAGAUCAAGUGCCGCCUUCUUCACCUUUCUACGAGCAAACCUCGUCCUCACCCCCUCGGCCAUCUCCUCAAACUGCAACACGCCCUACCUCGAGCCCUGCUCUCCUCAUCCCUACCCUCAUUACCACCACCACCAGCUGCCGUCGGAGCCCCCGUCUCCUCUCGCCACCAGCAGCAGCUCGCCCCUGGCGCCCACUGACGACAUCCCCCCUUUACUCCUCGACACGCUCAGCACCCCCGACGACCGCGCCCAUGGCCUGCGCCUCGUCGCCGACUCGGUCACGCAGAUGGAGCACCGCGCCGUCCGCAUCCUCCUCUUCCACCCGCUGUGUCUCGCCCUCGUCACCGCCGCCUGGACCCUCGCCUACCGCUUCGCCUACCUGUCCAGGGGCGGCAGCGCCGGCCUCGCCCUCGCCCUCUGCACCGCCGUCACCACCGCCUACCUCGUCGCCGUGCGCCUCGCCACCCUCGGCUACGUGCCCCUCGCCCAGGCCAUCGACUCGUCCUGGCUCGGGCCCGAGAGCGACCAGGUCGUCAUGAUAGGUGCCCGCCGCGGCGGCCUCCUCGUCGGCGCCCUCGUCCUCCACCUCGAGCCCAGCCCAUGUCCGCCCUGCUCAUCCCCCAAGCGCCGGGGCCGCAAUCGCAGCGCCAGCCUCCGCGGCGGCAAGGGCGUCAUUCGCGCCUGGACCACGCACGUGCAUCACCGCGGCCAGGGCAUCGGCAGGGACCUCUUACUCGCCGCCGUCAGGAUGGCCAAGGACAGGUGUGGCAGGGAUGCCCGCGUCGGCUUCGCCAAGGAGCACGCCAACAGCGCCGUCCUCUUGCCGAGCUUCUUUGCCGCGCCCUUUCGCAGGGACGAGUUUCGCGCCGCUAGGGCCUUGGAGGGCGCGGCUGCCGAGUGGGAGACGACCAAGAAGAGGAAGUGGUGA